UUUUUGAUUGGUGGCUAAGAAUAAACACUUCUGACCCACAGUCAAAUGUGUGAACGGAGUAAAUGACCAUGAAGAUAAAUUGGAUCCAGAGCCAUCAAAGCCGCCAUGAUUGGCCUGUCCUAGCAGGAAAUGUGGACACUGGCCCUGAAGUCCCAGGACCUGUGGGAAACACCAGAAGAACUGAUCCAGGUGCAGAAUGCUGACUUGAAAGGAUAGGGGAAAUUGAGUUCUACUACUCAAAGAAGCCCACAUCAAAAUAAAGUGCCCAAGAUAUUCUGGUAAAGAGGCAGAUGAAAACGUUUCCUUCUGAUGCACUUGUUCAAGGAGAUAAAACGGAAACUCCACUGUACAGAAGUGUAAAACCCGCCCAGACAGUGACCUUAAGAUCAAAAGGUUCAUGUUUUUUUUUGAGCUAGGCAAAUGCCUUAAUAGUUUUCUCACAAUAACUUUAUCUUGAGUUGGUUUACUAGCAAACUGAAAGAAGUCCUGUGAUAUGACAAUAGUUCACGAAUCCUCACACACAGCUGAAAUUCGGGGCCUCGUGCGCAACCAUCGAGCCUUUUCAUGGCAGGCCCGGAAUUUCCCCCACAGAAGACCUCUGCGUAUCCUGCAAGCGCAGGGAGAAAAAUGAUGUAUCGCAGCAAAAAAAAACCAAAACAGUGACGCAAUGAGAAAAGCUCAGCGUCCGCGUGGGCGUGAAGGAGCAGCGAGGUGGGAGUAAAGAUGAGCGAGCGCCCUCCCUGCGGCACGGGCUCCUGAAGGCCGGCCGUGGCGGUCGUGAUGUGGCACUGGGUUCUGCCGAGUCUCGUCUUCGUUAAGCCUUCGGGUUCAUCAUCUGUGCCGGCACGGAUGUGCCGCUGACGGCUGCUGGAAGUUCGAUGGUGAUCCUGUCGGAGCCCAGUCUGUCGGGCGAGCCGCCGUUCUUCGAGACGUGGCUCCUGAUGUGCAUGCCGGAGGAGGGGAAGACUCUGAACCCGGAGCACACGUGUUUCCGCCCGGAGCCCGGCAAGGUGGAGAGCCUGGUGGCGCUGCUCAACACCUCCGUGUGUGAGCGAUUCCUGCUUGAUCUGACCCUCCCUCAGGGCAGAAGACUGAACACCACAGGGAUUGCUGCUUUGUAGAGUGGAAGCAGACACACACACACACACACACACACACACACAUGCACACAUUUCAUAGUGUCUGAGAAACCAGUCUCUGUAGUUUUGUUUUUACAUUUGUGAUUACCACUAGACAAAAAACUAGGAAGCUGCUUCUGAAUUAUUUUGUAAUACUCAGUAAACCACGAGGCAUUCACAAUGGAUCAUGCUGUCAUUAUUUUAAAUUUUCUUAUUUAUUUUUAAAUUUAUGUAAGUGAUCUUUUUAUAGUCAUCAGCCCAGGUCAAAUCUAAUAUUUAGGAAUGGCUUCCAAAAAAAAUAUAGCAUGGAACCACCUUGAAUCAGCCAUUAAAAAGUCCUUAUUCUGCAAAUUAAGAAAAUAGAAUGCACUGCAACAAAUGGAACGCAGAUGUAAUCACUUUCUGCAAAUGUUGCAAAAAAAAAAAAAGGUUCCGAGAUAAAUUACUAUUUUAACGAGUUUUGUUACUGUGAAUGAUUGCUUUGGGGAAUAGUCAUCCAUAUUAAUUGUAAUUUUGGCUUAUUUCAAAAUUAUUAGAUUUAGACCUAAUCCUAAAUGGUGAUUUUUAAAAUGGAAUAAUAACCACAUUAUAAUAUGUACUAAAUAAUAAUAAGAUUUUUUUCAUGAUUUAAUCAGCUUAUCAUUAUUUGUCAUCAGUUUCUGACAUAAAAAAGACACGGUGGAAAAAAUGUGGUCUUUCCACAGAAAGUUGGUGAGGUAUGUGUGAAAAUAAACAGAGGCAAUUGCA